GGCAACACCUCAGUACACCAUGAGGUCUUGGACUGCUGUCUUCUCUCUUCUGCUCUCUCAUGCUGCCGUGUUGGGCCAAGGCCCUGGUGGUUGCCCUGAGAGGAACGGACGCUUCCCUGUAUCCACUCAGUGUGAUGCUUACAUCGAGUGUGUCGACGGAGUGCCAGAACAGAAAUUGUGUCCUGAUGGCCUCUUGUUCAACGCAAAGUCAGCUUUCUUCGCUUAUCCCUGUCAAUAUCCACCCGAAGUUGACUGUGAGGGAAGAUCGCAGCGACAAGCCCCCCAACCAACAGAGGUCUGCCCCCAUCAGUUCGGCUACUAUAAAGUAGGAGACGCUGAGAACUGUGGCCAGUUCAUGAUAUGUGCAAGUGGAGUCGGCUACACAUUUGACUGCCCCGACGGUUUGGCCUUUAACGAGUACAGCCUCCGCUGCGACUGGCCAGACCAAGUGGAGACUUGCAAUGCUGAAGCAUACCUGGGUUUCUCAUGUCCCAGCAACGAUCCGAACUCGAUAUUUGCAGCUGAGGGUUACCGCUACUUCCGCAGCCCAUCGGACUGUCAAACAUACUUUCUCUGCAUAAAAAGCCGCCCACGAAGAUUUAGGUGUGGAGAAGGCUAUGCUUUUAAUGAUUUAACUAGCAGUUGUGAUGGAAUAGAGAAUGUUACUGGCUGUGCAUUUCCUGCAAAAAGAGAAACUGGUCAGCAAAGACUGCAGCUAUUUGUUGAGAGAAAUCAUCUAACAUAAUGAAUUAAACUGCACUCAAAAGUAAAAAAAA